CUUAAAUCUACAAUCCAAGCUUAACAUCAACAACAUCAACAACAUCAUCGGUCUUCGGAAGCGUACCUAGGGAGCUAUAAAAAUGCCUAUCAAUCCAAUUUGCUACGUUAACGACGUAGCUAUAUGUAGGCAAUACCUCCUUUUUAAUGUAGUACUACCCAAAUGCCAUGACCGAUUGGAUGAAUUUCAUUCUGUCAGCCUAAUAUCUGUUAAUGACGCCGUAGCCUGCAGUUCAACUUGCCAAUCAAGGUCUGCUUGACUAGCGCCGAACAAAAGCCUCGAGGCAGUGCAAUUUAUAGAUAAUAAAAGCCGCUCUGGACUAAUAUUUAAAUGCCUUCACAUUUUUCAAUCCCGCCUUCCUCGCUUUAUCAGGACAAUACUAUCGAUCAUGGCUGAAGCACUUGGAAUUGCAAGCAGUGGAAUUGCGAUCGCACAAAUCGCUAGCCAAGUUGGCGGCGCUGUAUUUAAACUGAAACGUCUUUGGGAUGAGGUGAAAGAUAUUCCCGACGAUAUCGCCGAUCUAAUGGAGCAGAUUGAUUGCCUGGAUCCAAUCCUAUGGGAAGCUGGAAAUACCCUCGAUCAAAGUGGUUUGCCGUCGAUAGUUUGGAAUGAACUCGCUUCAAAGCCGACUACAACGUAUUGCCGCAAGGCUCUCCAGGACCUUACUGAGAUGGCCGACGAUCUAAGUUUCCAGAUUAAUAGUUCUUAAAAGGGCCGUAAGAAGAUAGCAUCCAUGAAAGUCCUACUGAAAAAAGAUGCCCUCAAGAAGUUAGAACGACGGCUUGAAGCCGCGAUCAGGAUGUUAACACUAGCCCAGCAAUCCUAUCUAGUAGCUCUCACGCGAGUGCAACCCGAUAUCAUCGUUCAUAAAUUUGCGGUUUUAACGGCUCAACGAAGUCAACCCAAAUCCCAACUGGUGAGAUAUGUCUCAACGGAGAAGAACGAACGGGACAGUUCAGAUUCCGCCGAGACACACACAAACCAGGCAGGCGUGAUUAGACACGACCGGUGGUCCUAUCGGGGAUUCAGAAAGCCUAGCAUUUUUGGUACAUUCCAGGUCGGCUCUUCUUCCACUUGGGGUCAAACAGUUCUGCUC